AGCUCGACCAUCCACUUUCCGCCUACGCGACCGAGUAGUUCAUUCGACAAACAAUUAAUUUGCGGGAAUGGUUUUACGAAUUGGCAGUCUUGCUUCUUACACCGCGAGAAGCAGAGUCUUUGCAUGCCGGAGUUGUGUGUCAUCGAGGCGGCAUCUAUCAAGCUCAUCCCAACAUGAUCCUCUGCGUGUUCUCUUCUGCGGCGCAGAUGAGUUUAGUAUAUUCUCACUGAAAGCGCUAAACAAGAUUAAAGAAGAACAUCCGGACAAGGUAGCUUCUAUCGAUGUAGUAUGUAGGAAGGACAAGCGCGUUGGUCGAGGACUGAAGCAGAUCCGCGAAGUACCAAUCAAGAGCGUGGCAGUUUCUGAACUUGGCCUCAAUGUACAUCAAAUUGAUACGUUCACUGGUUGGACGCCUCCCCAAAUCCAUGAUCAACCUUUCAACAUGGUGGUCGCAGUUUCCUUUGGCUUGCUAGUACCGCCGCGAAUUCUCAACGCUACCAAAUACGGUGGCCUCAACGUACACCCCUCAAUGCUUCCCGAUCUACCUGGUCCAGCUCCUCUACAUCAUACCUUACUACGACGCCUAAACAAGACCGGUGUGACGCUCCAAACACUGCAUCCGAAGCAUUUCGAUCAGGGUAGAAUCAUUGAUCAGACCCGUACACCAGGAUUGUCGAUUCCUGAUGAAGCAUCCGCCACUUUAGACUCAUUGCUUUCCUGGAUUGGUCCGCUCGGUGCUGAGAUGCUCUACACCAAUAUCAUGAAUGGCGCUUUCGCCUCAGACAUCGACAUCAGACCCGCGACUAGUCGGAGUCUCAAAAACACGAAAAGUGAUUUGUUCGGUCAGCUUGACGGAUCAGCAGAUUAUCCUCGCCAUGCUAGGAAAAUUGUACCGGAGGACCGACAUGUAAACUUCCGUUGGCCUUCUUCUGAAAUUCUCCUCAGAGAUCGUGUGCUCGGCCGUCUGUUCGCAUUAGACACAGGUCUUGCACCUACUAAAAGAAUCACAUUCCACGGAUUCGAGGACACAACCGAUGCGUGUUGGGAACAAGUUCAAGCCAAAGGACCAAUCCUCAGGAUUGGCAAUCACCCUCUCGAUCCCGGCGCUAUCUCAAUUUUCAGACACGACACGGAGAAAUACAUAUACCUCCGUACCAAAGAUGGCUGGGUCAGUCCAACGGAGGUCACAGUUGAAGGAAGUCCCAAACAGAAAGCGAGCGUUCUCUACGAGAAAUUGAGGCAGACUAUGCCUGUGACCUGUUGUUAGAGCAGUUGCCUAUCAUAGGAGACACCGACUCGAUCAGAAGCAAUUCCGACACUUACCCUAAAGGGUUUCAUGCUAUCAAAAUGCACAAUUAUAUUUCAGAUUGCAACACUUGGUCGAGAGAUAGAGUAUCAAAUUUGAAGCAACUGUCGAGACCUGGUCUACGAGCUUUUCGAAAGGGUUUCUCUCUUUGUACGGAACCCACUUCAUUUCUCGAAAAUACCGUACCA